AUGGCACCCAUUCGUUUGCGACAUCCCAAGGGCAUCACGACGUUGCAAGUCAACCUCGAUAAUGCUUUAGUUCAAGACCUCCAGCAGGAAAUAUUUGGAGUGUCCGAAAUCCCACCGUCGCAGCAAGAACUCAGGUCGGGGUACCCACCGCGAUCGCUCACAAUUGUCCCGGAGCUUCCGCUUUCGAGUCUGGGAUUAAAGCCCGGUGAUCAGGUCAUUGUGAACCAGAACAUAUCAAGCUCGGUGCGCGCCCCGCCUUCCCCACCCAAGGCCAAGCCUGCGUCUUCCCAGCCACCUCAAGCCUCUUUGUCACAACCGAAUUCAAGCCGGCUCGCACCGAGGAGCAGCGGUCCAGACUGUGUUGAGACACCAAACGGCGCGUUAGUGCACAGGAUCGUGCCAGACGAUAACUCCUGUCUUUUUUCGUCGAUCGCCCUCAUUUUCGAACAAGAUGCUCGCAAGGCGCAACAGAUACGACAAGUCGUUGCAGAUGGCAUUCGAGCAGACAUGGAAACCUACAAUGAAGCUAUUCUUGGCAUGAGCCGAGAUGCAUACAUCGCCACCAUUCUGAAGCCUGCGACAUGGGGAGGUGCAAUUGAACUCGGAAUCCUCGCCAAGCAUUAUGGCACGGAGAUUGCAUCUAUUGAUGUCGAAACCGGAAGGUUUGAUCGUUUUGAGCCUCCAUUAGAGGCGAGCACAGGCAACCGUUGCAUCGUGAUCUAUUCCGGUAUUCAUUAUGAUGCCGCCUCACUGGCGCCUAUGGCUGAUGCUCCGCCUGAAUGGCAUCAAACUGUCUUUCCAAUCAUUUCCGCGGACGACGACGAUCCAAUUUUGUCGGCCGCUAAAGAAUUAGCUACUAUCCUACGGGGAAAGAAAGCGUAUACCAACACUGCAACAUUUGAUAUCAAAUGUGAAGACUGUGGCAAGGGAUUGAAGGGUGAGAAGGAUGCAAGAAUGCACGCCCAGGAGACGGGUCAUGUACGAUUCGGAGAAUAUGAAUGA